AUGGGUGACUGGAGCUUCUUGGGAAACAUAUUAGAGGAAGUAAAUGAACACUCGACGGUGAUUGGGAGGGUGUGGCUCACAGUGCUCUUCAUCUUCCGGAUCCUCAUCCUGGGCACAGCCGCUGAGUUUGUGUGGGGCGACGAGCAGUCGGAUUACGUGUGCAACACCCAGCAGCCUGGUUGCGAGAACGUGUGCUACGACGAGGCUUUCCCCAUCUCGCACAUCCGUCUGUGGGUUCUCCAGAUCAUCUUUGUGUCUACACCCUCGCUGGUGUACGUGGGCCACGCUGUGCACUAUGUCCACAUGGAGGAGAAGCGCAAGGAGCGCGAGGAGGCUGAGUUGAACCGCCAGCAGGAGCUGAGUGAGGAGAGGCUGCCGCUAGCGCCUGACCAGGGCAGUGUGCGCACCACCAAGGAGACCAGCACCAAGGGCAGCAAGAAGUUCAGGCUGGAGGGCACCCUGCUGAGGACCUACAUCUGCCACAUCAUCUUCAAGACGCUAUUCGAGGUGGGAUUCGUGGUGGGCCAGUACUUCCUGUAUGGCUUCCGCAUCCUGCCGCUGUACCAGUGCAGCCGCUGGCCCUGCCCCAACACCGUGGACUGCUUCGUGUCGCGCCCCACCGAGAAGACUGUCUUUAUCAUCUUCAUGUUGGCCGUCGCAUGCGUCUCGCUCUUCCUCAACUUUGUGGAGAUCAGCCACCUGGGCCUGAAGAAGAUCCGCUUCGUGUUCCGCAAGCCGCCGCCCCAGACCCAGGGCGGUCAGGACGGUGAAAGCCAGAGCCCCCCUGAGGAAAAGAGCCUGCACUCCAUGGCCGUGUCGUCCAUCCAGAAGGCCAAGGGCUACCGGCAGCUGGAGGAGGACAAGCCCGCAUCGCACUUCUUCCCCUUAACAGAGGUAGGCAUGGAGGCAGGCAGGCUGCCCGUACCUUACCAGGCGGGAAGUGAGAACGUCUCUAAAGUGUACGACGAGUCUUUGCCUUCCUACGUCCAGACCACUGGGGCGGAGGUGAGGGUCCUACCGGAAAGCGGCGAGGACGAGGGCCCCGCGGACCCCGACGUGGAGGCUACCGACACGAUAGCAGACACCAGACCACUCAGCAGUUUAAGCAAAGCCAGCAGCAGGGCAAGGUCAGACGAUUUGACAGUAUGAAAGUGAAAUCAAUGUGAAAAAGCAUGGGAGCAAAGCAGAGCCUUAACUCUCGCUGUGAGGGAAGAAGUUAACAUCAGCUUG